CCAUGUUUUCCAGAAAGAGCGGACUAGUGUUGCAUUAAGGUGGAAACAAAAGCGUAAAAAUAAUAGAAACAGUAAUCACAAAUAAUCCACGCGGCGUGGAGACGUGAAUCUGUGGACGGCGUGGUUUUAUAAACAUCAUACUGCGCGCGCGCCUCUCGGUGACGCCGGAAGACGACACACGCAGCCGAAAAGCAUCAAACUCGACCGCCUUCCUCCUGAGCGGACGCUGAAGGGCCACCAACAAAAUGUAUCAAGUACCAGUGAAUGAUUUGUCAAGACUGAGAAGAUCACGAAAAAGAGUGAAGAGUAUUCUGUGCGACAUUGCACUGCAGAAUUGUCAGGACUUGAUAGAGGAGUACAGACCUUUUGAUGCUGGCGAGGCAAGUUUCAACAACACAGAAUGGAGCGAUUUUACUCCUGUUGGCAAGAGGAGAAAAAAGUGGAAAUACCGGACGGAAUCGCUGUGCUGCAACCUGUGUUGGUUUUUCACACGGUCUUUUCACACCUUCAGAAGUCACAUAAUGCGAUGUCAUAGGGAGGAACUAGACCUCGCGGCACUUUUAGCCUGCCCCAACUGUCCUUUUGUCGGCCGCCCAGAAACCACAAAUCAGCAUCUCAAGUAUUUUCACCCGGCACCUCCAAAAGCAGCAUCCACACCGUCCCUGUCGGUUAUUCAGCCACCUAAGAAACCUUCUUCUUCUAACCUGGCAGAUGAUAGAUACAUGUGUGUGAACUGUGGCUACGCUGACUCUUUACUUUAUGUGAUGAAGAAACAUGUUUUGGUGAACCAUUAUGCUACAUUGUUGAACCGUUACUUUGGGCACAGGUUGGAAAGUGUCCAAAACACAGAUGGUAAAAACAAAAGUGCCAGAGUUCUGAAUUCUAAGUAUUACUGCAAGGAGUGUAAAUUGCCAGCAGAGACCAUAGAACAUCUCCUGUAUCACAUUUUGAGCUCGGAUAAGCAUAAGGAUCUCCACUGGCAUAUUAUGCCGUUUAUCAGUGAAAAGACCGUCUCUGGUCAAAAUGCUGGCCGGGUGAACAUGCUGAACCUUGCGCCAAAUUUGAAUCAGGUUAAAAAUUUAAGUAUGCUCACAGGAUCCAACUUUGAGCAACACGCCAAGCAAAUGAAAGGACAUUCGGUAGCUAAAUCUAAUGGCACGAUGCUAAUGGCAGGGCCAACCAACCCAACAAGCCUUCUGUGCUCUGCUGGAGGGAGGCAGGUCUACCUCUCCUCCCAGACUCCAGCUUUACUACAACAGCAGGCCUCUAGUGGGAUCCAUCAAGGUUUGACUACCAUGUCUUCCUCCUCGCUCGUUAAAUCUAUAAAUAUGGUGAUGCCAAAUAUGCAGAAUGCUUCUAAACAGGUACCAGUGGCCAUGACGGUGCCUAGGCUUUCGCAGCCUCAGUCAGCCCAACAGAUGCUUCUACCACCAGCAGUUCAGGUCAACCUCCCAGGCAAAACCGGUGUACGUCCACCUGUGCUUUAUACUCACCGGCUACAGCUAAACCAACCUACUCCAAGACAGCCAAUGAUAGCCUCUCAGUCUGUCCGACUCAUUCCUACAGGCAACAAAGUGAAUGGCGUCCCAACGUACACUUUGGCUCCUGUUCAAGUUAACACAGUAUCUAGCCAGCCUAGCGCUAGUCAAGUUGUCGGUCGCACACCAAUAGUCAUGACACCGAAUGGGCCUCAGUCCUCAGUAAUCAGUCUAUCAAAGGCUGCAGUUCAGCCUGCUAAACCAGCAUCUUCAGGCCUGACAGAAAUGUCACGUAAAAAAAAUCGACCAAACAAAUUGGCAGUCUUUGCACCAUUCCUAAAGAAACAGAACGACGAUACUGUAAAAUGCACACGGUGCAAGGUUUUGUUGACUGAGCAGUGGAUCUUUCAGCAUUUGUUGCAUGGUUUGAGGUGCCUGUUUUGCCCUCUGAUGUUCUACUCCUUCAAGCAGAUCAUGGAGCACUCAAACAAAGAACACAACUUGAAAAUAAAGAAAAACCGAGACUUCAUCAAAGGAGAGUACAAACUUGACUGCGAUGAUGAAGGCAAUAUUGAAUUUUCCACCUUCAGUUUGAACACAGACGUGCCCAAAGACCUGCUGGAUAACCGAGAGCUGAACCUUGUGCUGGUCACUAGUGCUCAAGAGAAAAUCUACAUCAAGAUGUACCCAGACUCUGCGAAGGCUGUCUACCCACCCACACUGAGAACCAUAACUACAGUAUGUCCAUUCUGCCAGAUGAAGCUGCAGACUUUGGAGGACUAUGAGCACCAUUUAAAAACAAUACACCAUAUUGUGCCCACCAUCCAUGCCAUACUGAAAUCUCCUGCCUUCAAGUGUAUCUACUGCUUUGGGGUGUAUUCUGAAAAGUCGACCCCCAAAACCAUUUCUGUUCAUGUACAGCGCUGUCGUUGUGCUCCCAAGAGCAUCAAGGAAGCAGAGAAGCGGCUGAAUCCGGACACAUACGCACACGUCAAUGGUGAUAUGGUAAAUUCUGUCCAGCAGAGUUUCCAGCCACACAUCAUAUUGAAUGCAGAAGAGAAACAAACUGCCAAAGAAAAGACCAAGAGGGAGUCCACUGCUGAGAGAAACUCCAACAGAAGCAUCAAGGCCUACAAGAACGAGCCUUGUGCCCCAGUCGAGCUUGUCCUGGACCCAGCAGGAUUGGAGAUGCAAUCGUUUGAGGACAGGAAAGAGUUCCUCACAAAGUACUUUCACAAUAAGCCCUACCCAUCAAAAAUGGAGAUGCUAACUCUCGCUGCCCGUCUGUGGUUGAACAAGACUGAUGUGCUUCAUCACUUCGGUAUGAAACGGAGCAGAUGCAUGAAAACAAUCCAGAAGAGGCGAACUGUAGUACUACUGGGCUUCAACAUGACUGAGGUGAAUAAAGUGAAACAUAACCUUCUGAUUCCAGAGGUGGAGCCUGCUGUCUGAAGAAACCGAUGAGCUAGUGUAUGCAUGCUUAAGUUAGAAUUCAUGUUCAUUUAAAGUUCAGUGAUUUCUAUCAGACGUGUCAAACUGUUCUGGAGGGCCGUAUUAUAGAGUUUGCCCUUCUUCAGCACACUCUGUUUACAUCAUAAACAGCUUGAUGCAUAUAUUAAAGUAAGAGCAGCACUCAACUGCAAUGAAUUGGCCCCCUAGGGUUGGAAUUUCAUCCUUAAGUAACAUGUUGAAGAUGUACUUCUUGGGUUUGUGUAAGGAGUAUGUGUGUGUAAAUAAUUACAGAUAUAUUAAAUGUUUGGUUAUCAUUUACGAUAUUCCUUAAGCCAGUUUGUAAGUUGGCGACAGUGAUGUUAGAAUUAUUUUUUACACAGCUAUUCUGUAAAAGCUCCCGUGUGUAUGCACCCCUGUACAUUCUUAUGUAAAAGUGCUUUCUGAUACCUGUAGUAUGCAUUUUGUUCAGUUGCAAUGCAUUACUUCUGUAUAAAAUGAUAUGCACUCACCUUCCACUGUCCACAAAUAGCUGUACUCCUGCUCGCUUAUACAGUUAUCCAAUCAGCCCAACAUGUGGCAGCAUCACAAUGCAUAUAAAAUCGUGCAGUAACAGCUUCACAUCAAACACCAGUAUAGGGAAAAAGUGUGAUCUUAACUUUGGCAAAGAUGUUGGUGCCAGAUAGGUUGGUUAGAGUAUUUCAGAAACUGCUGAUCACCUGGGAUUUUCACACACAGCAGUCUCUAGUAUAGAGUUUACACCGAAUGGUGUGAAAAACAAAAAAACAUCAUGUGAGACGAGGCUCUGCGGGCUGACACUUCUGGUUGAUGAGAGAGAUCAGAAGAGAAUCACCUGAAUGACUUGAGCUGACAAGAAGUCUAUAGUAACUCAAAUAAUCACACUUUUCAAUCGUGGUGAACAGAAAAGUAUCUCAGAAUGCACAUCAUCAAACCUUGAGGUGGACCACAACAGGUUCAACUCCUAUCAGCCAAAAACAAGAAUCUGAGUUUAUCACAGACUUGACCCACACUAGACCAGUGAAGACUGGAAAAAGACCAGGUGGGUGUUUAUUUAUUUAUUUAUUUUUGUUCCCUUUAAACUUCAACUUCUGCUGUUGUAGCUCACCCUCCUCAAGGUUUGAUAUGUUGUGCAUGCUGAGAUGCUUUUCUGCUCACCACAGUUAUAAAGAGUGAUUACACCACCAUGCUGCCCUUAUAGUGGUUACCACUGUCGCCUCACAGCAAGAAGGUUCUGCGUUUGAGCCCAGUGGCUAAUGGGGGGGGGUGCUCUGUGGAGUUUGGAUGUUCUCCCCGUGUCUGCGUGGGUUUCCUCCGGGUGCUCCGGUUUCCCCCACAGUCCAAAGACAUGCAGUUAGGUUAACAUGGGGCGGCCUUGGACUGAAGUGUCCUUGAGCAAGGUACUUAACCCCUAACUGCUCCCCAAGCGCUGUAGUAUGGCUACCCGCUAUUCUGGGUAUGUGUGUGUAUUCACUGCUUCAGAUGGGUUAAAUGCAGAGGAUGAAUUUCACUGUGCUUGAGUGUGCAUGUGAAAAAGGCUUCUUCUUCUUGGAGUUACUAUGUCCUUCCUGGCAGCUCAAACCAAUCUGGCCAUUUUCCUCUGACUUCUCUUAUCCACAAGGCAUUUCCACCCACAGAACUGUCGUACGCGCGGUUUUGUUUUUUUGUUUUUCGCACCAUUCAUACCACGUAUAAACUCUAGAGACUGUUGUGUGUGAAAACCCCCAGGAUCAGCAGUUUCUGAAAUUCUCAAACCAGUUCAUCUGGCUCAAACCAACACCCAUGCCACAGUGAAAGAAAGUCACACUUCACUGUGGGAUCACAAUUUUUCCUAUUCUGACGUUUGAAGUGAACGUUUAACUGAAGCUCCUGAUUUGUAUCUGCAUGAUUUGAUGCGCUAUGCUGCUGUCACAUAAUUGGCUGAUUAGAUAACGGCAUAAAACAGCAGGUGUAUGGGUGUUCCUUUUAAAGUGGACAGUGAGUGUAGGUUUACCACUAAUACCUUUUGAGAAGUUCAGUGUAUUGAUAGACAAAACUGCUUUUUUUUCCAUGUUGAGUGUACUAAUAGAAAAAAAUGUUUGCCUUUUAAAACCAUUAAUAUUCUAUUAAUUAAAAAGACUAUUUGGGAUGGGUUGUGUUCUAUUCUGAAUCCAUAAUCUAAUGGAGAGUUUCUUUCAAGAUAGUAGUGUGAACCAUUGUGAGAAACAGUGAUGAUUAAUCCUGUUGAAUCGUAUAUUCUUAAUAUUACAUAAAAUAUUUUUACUUUAUAUGAAUCCCUACUAUUUCUCCAGCAAAUAAGUGGAUUGUUUUUGGCAUAAGUGAGAAGUCAUGACAUGUUUGUCCAUCUAGUUAUUCUAUGGCAGUUGAUGUAAAUUCAUUUUUCCAAAAUUAGUAUAUAAAUAAAUAUAUUUAGGUACAUGCUAGGUAAAUCAGGUACAGUAAAUUGAAUGAUAGGCUAACUAAUAUCUUUACAAAAACAGAAAGGUCUAAAGCUGCUUGGUAGCCACACACCUGACAGACUCCAUAUGAGAUACACAUUUUAGGGUUUAAAUAAAAAAAUGUUGCCGUUUUAUAGGUUCAGCUUGUAUGACUGGGGUUUAUGAGAGAGAACUGUUACAAUAUAAAGUAAAUACUUUAGACUUACUGAGCCCAUCAUGAACCAGUUACUCUUUAAUACACCCACAAAUACAUACCUAUGAUUACAUGUGAAUACUGACGAGCCAAAGCCGAGGUUGUUUAACACACUUAUCUUUGUCCCACCUUAGAGUUUGGUUUAGCUAGAAACCAUCCAGAAAUCUUGCCAAAAAAAAUAAUUUGUAUAUAAUUUCUGUUCUCUUGAAAUGAUUUGCCGAAUGUUUUUCAUUAUAACCGAAAUUCAAAAAACUGAUGACGAUACAAGGUGAUACGUGUUACUGCAUGUUGAAUAAAUGCUGUACUUUCCUGUUGAUGUAAAAUGUUAGUGUGCAGUGUUGUUCAUCAGGAGCACGAAACGAGUCCUGUGCGGUUGCAAAGUGCUCCGUCAUGCAAAACUGACAGUCAUCACAAAGUAAACUUCAUUACUCAAAGCAUUAACAGACAAAUAUGCCAUUUUCUAGAACUGAAAGUAAUGUGGGGCUUGUUUAAUAAUGCAUUUUGACAGGUCACAGAAGAAAGAUGUAUUGAUUUAACAUAUCUGAGCUAUAGGAAUUUGUCAUAACAUGAUGGUGAAUUCAUUAAAAGCAGCCAAUAGUUUUAGAAGUGGACAGAGACAUUAUUAUUAUUAUUAUUAUUAUUAUUAUUCACAAUUUCUCCAGUCUCAGACCAUCUGCUUGCACUGAGAAGAUAGAUAGAUAGAUAGAUAGAUAGAUAGAUAGAUAGAUAGAUAGAUAGAUAGAUAGAUAGAUAAAAACAGCUAAAGCCUGCUAUGAGGCUGAUCCUGUACCUGUGUAGUGUUUAACGUGUGGUUCUCCACACAGUCCUGUGUUUACUGUAACUAGUUUUGUACACUUAGACUUAUUGUCUUGUAACAUUGCCAUUUGGUCAUGGCGGCUUUAGAUUUCAUAUGACAAUGUGUCUGUUCUAUGGUAAGGAUGACAAUAAAAAUGGACCUGAGCUCCUUCCUCAGAGAAAGCAAAUUGAAGAAGAAGAAGAAGCCUUUAUUUGUCACACAUACUCCUCUGCAUUUAACCCAUCUGAAACAUUGAACACACGCAUGCACACACAUACCCAGAGCAGUGGGCAACUAUGGGGAGUAGUUGGGGGUUUGGUGCCUUGCUCAAGGGCACUUCAGCCAUGAUACAGAGGGAGAGGAAAGUGCUGUUCAUUCACUCAAC